AAAAUAUCGGCUUAUUUCAGGCCAGGAUGGGUGUGUUCAGCUGAUCACAAUUUGGUCAGCGCUCUUUGUUGUUUACUACUGGACAGACGUCCUCGAGGACGACCUCAUGUAAACAUGAGCAUACCUCAGCUCGCUCAGCGACUGGUCAGGCAGCUAUCAACAUCACGAUCAGGAUCAUACUCUCCAAUGAACACAAGAAGGCCUGCAGAAUUUGAACCCUGUCAUGCUUGUCCUACUAAAACUCCCAGUGUGGAAAUAAUGGACAAUCAAGCAGGAAAAGUUACAGAGGAAAAUUACGAGAUCGAGACUCGGCAUGAAGCCGAGCCAGAGGCAGAGCCAGAGGGGAGCGGUGAUGAGGGCGGUGAUCCCGGUGAGGAGAUGACCGUGGAUGCAUCUUCGUGGGUUAUGACGGAAUGUCUCGAGUUUCUCAACAGAACAUUCGGCUUCCUCACUGCGAAGGAGCUCAAUACUUGUGCCAGAGUUAGUAAGGUGUGGCAGAAACAAGCCAAUCGGACCUUAUCUCGGCGGCAAAAUCUCAACUGGGUGUCUGAACUGAAAUUAUCUCACGCUACCAACGACAAGAUCUCACAUCCUUUGGGGUUCUUUGGACAUUACCUUCAGCAAACGACACAGUCGAUGGGGCCGGUCCCAAAGUUUGCUUUGAUGUUCACGGAGUACUCCAAGGGUUCGGACUACAGAAGAACAGGGCAGAAGAGAAAGAAUUCAGAAGAUGUAGGGCCUACGAAAUCACAGGAAGUUGUAGAUUAUUUCAAAUCAUUGCUCCCUCAAGAUUGUGUAUACCUGAGCCUGAUGACUCCGGGGGUCGCUGGACCCAAGGAUAGUGCGAGCACAAAACCUGGUAGUGAGAGCGAGGGUAACGGAGCAGCGACUUGCGUCCUCUUUCCCAGCAUCCCCGGCGUCCAGAUCCAGCUCCUGCCCAUCUCCCCCAAGCUCCUUCAGGGAGGCUACAAGGAGGAGCUCUGGCAGCGAUGGCUGGAGGCAGGGAUCUCCCCCAACGAUACUCAGUGUGUCUUGCUCUUCGGAUGGGGGUUCAUAUCGGGCGUCCAGCAAGCAGCGGCUGAGCUUCAGAGGCUCUUCCAGGAGAAGGCCAAGAAGAAUCCUGUCAUUGCCGGAGGGAUUGUCAACAGGUUACUGAGUAAAGGAAUCUGCUCAAAAUCCGAGGAAUCGUCUGGAGUGAUAGGAGUAACGUUCUCGGGAACCAAUGUGAAGGCCAUUUCAGUACUUCUCAACGAGCAGGUCAGGACACGGAAGGAAGCGAAUGCUGCCAUCGCCAGGCUGAAAGAAGCCAACCUUCCUGUCAGGCCCAACUACAGCCUUGGCUUCAUGUUUGCCUGUGCCGGAAGGGGGGCGCACUUCUAUGGAGAGGACAAUGUGGAAAGCGAAGAGUUCCAUAAGCUCUUCCCGGACACUCCUUUGUUUGGUUUGUUUGGAGGCGGGGAGAUUGGCUGCUUCAACUUGACAGCCGGCAGAGACAUUGACAAAUUGAUGCUUUCCAACACUGCCCAUGCAUACACCACCAUUAUGUGCCUUGUGACCUUCGACCCCAGUUAGAAAAUCAUGUGAGUAACGCCUCUAGACUUGAAAGGUGGACAAUGCUUGCUAUCGUUUCUUACGACGGAUGUAAAAGACAAAAAUCUUAUUGAUCGCUAUCACCAUCAUGCUGUAUUGCACUGAGUAUUAAAAGUUUUAUGUCUUCUUUUUACGAAUUUACGAAAAUCUGAACCAGAUUUUGUGGCAUAGUCGCAGCUUAUGGAUGAGGACGUACUGUCUGUCACAGAAGGACUUUUCGGUGAAGACCAAGUGUGAUUUAAAGUCAUUUUUAAGUGCCGAUGGUAGUCAUGCACCCUGCCAAGUUCUAAGCCGCGUCAUUCACACAGGAAUAUUGCGAGCUGCUUUCCUUUGCUAAUCCUCAAGAAGGGAAAUAACGUAGAUUGUGCGAAAGCCACUGUGAAAUGACUUCUUGUGCCUUUACAGAAGUAUGGUCUCUUAAGAUGGCCAUAGUAAUGUCACCAGUGCAGUGAUGCAUAAUGUAUCAUUUGCAGUAGAGAGGGAGAAAAACAGUUUGGUGUGACUCACUUUCUUAUUAAGUCUCUCAAUGUAUAUAAUUUUUAUUUCAAUAAUGUGCACUCACCCAUAUACGCCAAACUAAAUACAUGCAUAUAUAUGCCAAAACAGUUGACACAUACUGCAUUUUGUGACUCGAUCCUCUGUGAAUUUGAAAGAAACUGCAUGCUAUGACAAAACUAAAUCCCAAAAUCUGUAUUAUUUGUAGAUUAUGAUAUCCAAACUGGAUAUUAGUAAGUAAUAUUGUCACCAUUUACCAGAAUGGCCACAAAUCAUAGUGACAUCACACCAGAUACUUAAUUCAAUGUGAUGUGAUCCUUUUUGUGGAACAUGACUUUUUCCAUUCUCUUCAAGCAUACAUGUAUACUGUACAUGACAGUCAUCACAGCAGUCAAUGAUAUAUGAAUUGAUAUCAAUGCACCUUUUACAUUGAAUAAUUACCAUUGAUUGUGCAGUGCACUAAAACUGUCAAGUAUUAUUAAGAAGCGUCUGAUACCAAGUACAUGUAAUCCAAUUUUCAGAACACAAAUGGUAAUACAUGUACAUGUAUUUUUAAACAGACAUCAAAUGUAUGUACAAUGGAGUUUGUGUAAUUCGAUCUGACAUACUAAUGCCUUUAGUUGAUGCAAAUAUUUCAGACCAGAUUAUGCAAAGCAUGUGUUGUUUACCAUUUCUAAAAUGUUUCCCAAGAUCAUAUAUUUUGACUGUGCAAGACAGAGCUACCUGAAGGUAGAGCUUGCCGUUUUCAAAAAUCUAAUUGUAACCCAUGUCAGACAUACAUGUACAUGUAGGUGGAGCUUCAAAGAAGUAUUCAUCGACAUAAUUAGUGGCGUUUUUGAAAAACCUUGUAGGCGGGAUUUCAGGGUCCCGUCUUACAAAGAGUUACGAUUGAUCCGACCAACCUCAAUUCUAUGAAAAGCCGUCAAUGUCGUAAUAUUUUAUUGGAAAUUUGCACAACAUACUUUGUAAACAAAGAGAAGCAAAGUUUUUAUUCAAGAAAACAAUGUAUGAUUAUACAUCAUAUCUAGAAAAUGUUUUGAACAAACAUGCAUUUUAAAUGUUGAUGUUGCUGGCUUUCCAUAUAGUUGUGGUUGACUGGAUUGAUGAUGCCCCAUCGUUAGAAAUUACCAUUGAAUCAGCACCCAAGCAAAAUUUAUGUAUUUAUGUAGUAAUGUGCAUAUGAGUUGUUUAUUAUGCGUAUGGGUGCUAUGCAUCAUGGGAUCGUUUCAUAACACUUGUCGUCAUGACAAAUUUGCAGUAACAGUUCAGAAUCAGUCAAUCUGAUUGGCUUGAAGUAAACUUAUUUUAGUCAUUGUGCAUUUCUUUUAUUAAAACAAUUCCUUAUGAAAUGGGGUCUAGAUCUUCAGAGGGUGUAUGAUUUCCAGAGAUACUCUUGAAUAUGAUCAUUAUUGAUAUUUGAUAUACUAUUUUUGUAUCAUUUCUGUAGAAAAAAACAUCUCAGAGUAAAAAUGUACAUAUACAGGGUUUAUCUAGCCAAUAGUGUGACGGCAUACCAUCAUAUUUUUAUGUGGUUACACCAUUUCUGUCUGUGGCAAGUUAGAAAAACGAGCGCUUGUAAAAUUAAAAAUGUACCCCAUCAUAUAUCCAUGUGCAGUAUUAAGCAUCAUUCUUUUUGUAAGCACAAAAAUGUAUAUACAUUGACAAUGAAAAGAUGAAAAUGUUAUUCCACAGUAACUUAUAUUAAAAGUAAUGGGUAUAUUUCAAUGUUAUUUUCAAGGGGCUUGUCUUUCAAAUUGUUUGGAUCUACAAGUUACUCUCUGCACCAUACAUGUAUGUAAAGUAGGCUGUCUUUAUACUGUAGAUUUAAAAAAAAUAUAUAUAUUGGCUGUGCUUAUUCAGAUUCUUGAUGCAUUUAGUUUCAGUAACUUGCGUUUAACAAAACAGACAUGGUCUAUUCACAAAACUCUUCAUAAUGAGGCAAGGGCACUUGAAGUAAAAAUGAUUGACAAAACUUUUCCACCCUUGAUUUUGAUGGAUGCUUGAGCAUUGGCAGCAGAGGCCAAAAAAAUUUAGGGGGGGCCACAAAUUUUUUGGGAGGGUUCACCUGAAUUUAGGGGGGACGCAGGAAACAAAAUUUUAGGGAGGGACCACCAAAAAUUUUUGACAAGCAAAAAAAAAAAGCAAGGUUAUCAACAAAAAAUUUAGGGGGGGACAGGACCAUAAGGCAAUCAGGAUGCCUUGUUUGCUCUUCCUGCUCAGGGUUUCCACGACGUUUCCUCUGGCGGCAAUUGCUCCGAUAGGAAACCUGCAUGUUAUUAUUAAAGCCAAAUAAAACUUAACCUCCAAAACCAAAUUAACCCUAAUUGUAAUCCUUCCAUUAUUCUGAAUAAGAAACUCUAUUACAAUCCUAACUCUAACCCUGUGUCCUCUGAGAUAUUAAAGGGGUACUCCAGGCUGAAAAUAAUAUGAUUUGAACAAAAUCAGACAAACAAAAACACUGACAGUUUCAACAAAAUCAGACAAGGGAUAACAAAAUUUAUGACAUCUAAAGAUUUGCAUCAUUUCGGUGAAACAAUUCUAGGCAUGUCUUUAUGAAUAUUCAAUAAGCAGACUGAGUAUGUCAUAUCCCCACAUGUUCUUUUGUAUUUUAUAUGAAAUUAGGUUCAAAAUCUUUCCUUUAGGAACCAAAAAUCUUGGAAUAACAACUGAUUAAGUGCAUUAGAUAUUCAUUCCUGCAACUUAUUUCAUUACAAGGGAGACAUAUCAUUCACACAUUUAUGAAAAAAUGAGACAAUUAUGAUAUCAUGUAAUAACAUUAGAAAAAGGAAAGUGGGGGUGUGACAUUACAUGUAGCCCACCUAUUGAAUAUUCAUGACGAUGUGCAUAUAACUGUUUUCACAAUAUAUUGCUAAACUUUAAAAUUCAAUAACUUCGCUAUUUGUUAUCAGAUUUUGUUGAAAUUUUCAGCAUUUUGCUCUGUGAAUUAUACUCUAUUUAUAUAAACCCCUCAAAAAAGUUUGGAAAUCUGAGUUUGGCUAUUAAUUUCUCCCAAAUCCUUAUUUUACACAAUGCACAUUUGACAUCAUUCAAAAGAUUAUUUAAUUCCUUUAAAAUAAUACCAUGCUUGUUAUGAUCAUGCCAUCACGAAAAGAGCAGGAUUCAAAAGUGUUGGAUGAGGUCUGAAUUGAAAAGCUGCAAAACGAGCAGAAAAAGUCAUGAAGGGUCAAUACAGAACAUGAUUCUUUUGUCUGUAUCAAUAGAGAUGAAAAUCCAUUCAAAUCAAGCCCCUGCUCCUUCAUUUUUAUGUUUUGUUGUGGUUUAUGCAGUGAUGGUUCUGUGAGAUAACAUGGUUUGAGUCGUGGUUUGAAAUACCCAUGCAUGUUUGUUUGUUUCUUAUGUGUUUGCUUGUUCCGAGGUUUGUUUGAUUGCAAGUUAAUGUUGAUUUUAAGGUGCAUGAAAACAAAAGAAACCGCUGAGAAACUCACUCAUCACCAUGGAAAAAAGAACAGUGACUUUCAAUCUUGUGUCAUGCAACUUUUGAAUUUUGACCUUGCCCCACAUUUCAAGGAACUGCACCCCAAUGUAAACCAUAAUCAUAUCAUGUAGGGUAUCAUUUUAAAGAGAAUUAAAUGAUCUAUUCAUUGAUAUUAAUUACACAUUGAUAUUUACUAAAACUGAGGAGGGAUUAUUGAUCAAACUCAAAAGAAACCGCUGAGAAACUCACUCAGCACCAUGGAAAAAAGAACAGUGACUUUCAAUGUGUCAUUUUGCAACUUUUGAAUUUUGACCUUGCCCCACAUUUCAAGGCACUGCACCUCCAUGUGAACCAUAAUCGUAUCAUGUAGGGUAUCAUUUUAAAGAGAAUUAAAUGUGAUUUAUUCAUUGAUAUUAAUUACACAUUGAUAUUUACUAGAACCGAGAAAGGAUUAUCGGUCAAAGUCAGAUUUCCAAACUUUUUUUGAGGAGUUUAGAUAUGAAUAUUUUCAGCCCGGAGCAUCCCUGUAAGACCGGAGCAAAUAUUGCUGGAGCAUAGUAUGUUGUGUCACCCUGCACGGAGUACUAGUCCUUGAAAAACCAAUGUUUACUAAGUUUACUGAUAGAGUCAGCAUUAGGAUUUCCCUUGUACCGAGUACCUUGAAGGAUCAAUGGCAAUGACUGCUUGUAGUAAAACUAAACUCUAAUAUCUGUGUUUGCAGAGUGACCUUGCAUGUUUACAAAUGGUGAAUGUAAUGACCAUUGAUAGUGGUUGAACUUUGAAUUAUGACGUUCAUAGUCACGCAAGUCGCAAAGUACACACAGAUCAGUCUUUUCCUGUUAGAUGGGUAUGUAUGUAUGUAUGUAUACAUACCCACUGAAUUUCUCAAAAGUAUAUAUACUUAUGAGAAAUUCAAUUCUGCACCUAAAAGUUGGCUGUUUUUAUUGUCUUCAAAAAGUACCACAGGACUUGCAACUUGUGGACCUUCAGUAGUUUGCAUAUUCAAUUGAUAAUUUGAAAUUCUUCAUAAAUAUGUAUGACCUUGCCCUCCCCCCCCCCCCUUCUCCCAUGCUGCAUGUAUGCCCUUACGCUUGGUUAAUGAUAUUGAAAAAAGUUGAAAUUCAGAUAAUUUUCUCAUUGUUGUUGCCUAAGUCAAACUUGAGAAUUAAGUCUUGUUUUAUUAAUUUCUUAAAUUUCAAUAUUCUAUUUCAAAUUAUGCAACCUGUAUCAUGUAUAAUGACCAAACUUGAAAUUGUACAGUACACUGUAAUUGCUGUAGCGUUCUGUUUGUUUUCUCUAUUCCCAGGCUGAAAGGACGUUAAACAUAGUAUUUAUGUAAAACAAAUGCUUGUGUAUACAUGCAUCUAAAGCAGUUUGACUGAAAAAUGAGUAUAAUGCCCCUUUUAUGUAGUCAGAUCAGAAGUAUGCAGCUCGACAAUAACAUUGCAUUUAUGAAAUCAGAAUUUGUCUACUAUAAUUAUUGUGUUUCGGAGAGCAGCAAGGAAGUAGUGAGGGUCAUCAUCAUGGGCCGUGCAGUACCUGCACGUGGGAAACAUGAACUUUGACCACAGAAUGUGCCACAUUAUUAAUAUUUUGAGAAUCCCGUUCAUGAAUUAUAGGACCAGUUGGAGUACGUAUUGAGUCCUUUUAAAGGCAAGUGAACUGUGUGUGGUCUCUCAUUGAAUGUGUGUUAUAAAUACAUAGUCUUAAAAUAUAUACGUUUUCAGAUCUCUACUAAUACUACAGAGAAAAAAUUGACCUGUUAUUGUAUUUGUAAAGAGAAACUCAAAUGUUUUGAGAGGAAAAGUAAUUGUUUUGCUACUUGGUAACAUAAUUAUUGUGGUAUAAAUGUAUUGAGUAGUUAAUUAGCAUGUUUUCAAUCAUUCAAGUGGGUCUAUAUAAUAAUAAUAAUAAUAAUAGGCAUUUGUAUAGCGCCAUCUAUCUAGAAAUAUUUAUAUUCCGAGGCGCGUUGUUAUUAUUACUAGACUACUAUAUAUUACUGACAGGAAACUGGCCAGAUAUGAGUAGUUGAGGACUCGAGAUGGCGCUAUUGGUUUGUAUGUGUUUUAAAAGGAGCACUCAGAUAAAAGGGCUUCACAAAGAUUUAAGGGUAUGACUUAAGUCGCACUUAAAUGCCAAUGCGUAGAUGAUAUGUAAUGCGCGAACUUAUUGAUUGAUUCGCAUUAGUGCACGUUCUCAUGUCAUCGUCUGACCAAUGCCUUUUAUACCGCACAUAACUAGGUAUUUAAGUGCGACUCUAAGUCAUACUAAGAUCUUUGUGAAACACCCCCCUGCUUCUCCACCUUUCAUGAAUUGAAAUAAGUCACAUUUGAUCCACAUCCACGAAUUCAGAAGGGUGUAUAAUAUGCUUGUAUCUUAGAUCUUUUCAUUUAUUUUAAAAAUUAAAAAUGUUCUGAAGAAUAAACUUGAGUAAGAAACUGUGGUGGGGUAUUUGCAAUAUGAAGGAAUUUUAUGUAGAAAAUGGAUCUUUGUAACAGGUUUUAUUUACAAAUUUGUACAAGAGCAAAAUUAUGGAAAGGGGAUAUAUCAUUAAAUCAUGUUGAAUAUGAUUUUUUCCCAAUUUGUUUUAUUUCGUGAACUAAUGAAUAAUAUAUUUGUAUUACAUCUGA